AUGCAGGGCUCAACCGUUGCAUUUUCAUCGUCUUUCUCUCUCUCUACCCGCCCUCGCAAGCUCCUCCUUCGAAGGUUCGACUCCCUUUCCGGCCAGUCCUCGGCGCGCCGCCCUUUUAGCAAUGGCUCCGCCGUCUUCUCGUCGUCUGGAAAGUUGAGCCCGAUUAGCAUCUCCCUGAAUCAGAGAGGGUGGGUUUCCGGGCCCAAUCCCGGAAUUCCGGAGCCCGAAUCUGAUCGGUUCGUGGUGCCUCGGGCCGCGGCGGAGACGGCGGGCCCGGAUGAGACCUCGAAGUCGAAGGGUUUGAGGGAUACGUUGGUGCUCGGGACGCUUUUCGGGCUUUGGUACCUGUUUAAUAUCUACUUCAACAUCUACAACAAGCAGGUUCUGAAAGCCUUUCACUACCCAAUGACAGUCACUCUUGUCCAAUUUGCCGUUGGUAGUGUGCUUGUGACUCUAAUGUGGACAUUAAACCUCUACAAACGUCCUAAAAUCAGUGGAGCACAGCUUGUUGCUAUUCUUCCAUUGGCAUUGGUGCAUACCUUAGGCAACCUCUUCACAAACAUGAGUCUUGGAAAAGUUGCUGUUUCGUUCACUCACACCAUUAAAGCUAUGGAGCCUUUCUUCUCAGUUGUUCUAUCUGCUAUGUUUCUCGGGGAGUUUCCUACACUAUGGGUAGUUUCGUCACUUCUGCCAAUUGUCGGUGGAGUAGCUUUGGCAUCAAUGACUGAGGCCUCUUUCAAUUGGGCCGGUUUUUGGAGUGCCAUGGCAUCAAAUUUGACAAAUCAGUCACGGAAUGUCCUCAGCAAAAAGUUCAUGGUCAAGAAAGAGGAGUCCCUUGACAACAUUACCCUCUUCUCCAUAAUUACCAUAAUGUCCUUCUUCAUGAUGGCUCCUACUGCCAUUUUCAUGGAAGGCAUCAAGUUUACACCUUCAUAUCUUCAAGCUGUUGGAGUGAAUGUUAACCAGCUUUACACUAGAUCGCUUCUAGCUGCCCUCUGUUUCCAUGCAUAUCAGCAGGUUUCUUACAUGAUAUUGCAGCGUGUGUCUCCUGUUACUCAUUCCGUGGGCAACUGUGUUAAGCGCGUUGUAGUAAUUGUCACCUCUGUUCUCUUCUUCCGCACGCCUGUUUCACCUAUCAACUCUUUAGGUACGGGUAUAGCCCUUGCUGGAGUAUUCUUGUACUCGAGAGUGAAGCGGAUCAAACCAAAGCCUAAGACAGCUUAA